GCAAUUGUGUGUAUUUUUUGCUAUCAUAAAUGUGAUAGUUUCCUUUAAAACAAUCAUGUUUACUGUUUGUUGCUAAUUGUUAGAUUUUUUCCUUUGUAGUUUCUUAAGAUUAUCAAAUACUAAAAUAAAGAUAAACCUCUUUUAGCUCUCAAAAAUGGAGGACUGGCUUAGAGGGUUAAAGAUAGAGUUGGGAAAGAAAACAACUUUCUACUUUACCUCCUCUUUGGUUUGUGUGCUUGUACAGCACAAAGGCAGCACUAACAGCAGAACCUAUGAGAGUUACACGUAUUCCUCCAAAUCUUGUCUCGGAAAUGAGUCCCGCAGCUCCCUGCAAAGUAAUUGCUCUAAUUAGAUGGUAGGAAGGAGCUUCUUUAAAUUCCUUAGAAAUUAAGACGUGUCAUCCGCUUAACUUAGCAUCUGCUACUGCCUCUUGCACAUUUCUCCACUACAUCAGUCUGAAGGACACUUUCCUGGACCUUUCUGAGAGGAAAAAAAUAAUAACAAGCCCUUGAAACAGAGAAGAAAUUGGCCUUUUCUUCAGUGGGAUGAAGCAUGUAAGGCAUUUCACCCCCUCUUUAUUUGUCAGUUUGGUGCACGUUUGCCUGGGUGAGUACAAUAAUCACUUUGUUUUGUGAAAAUAUAGGAGGAUACAAGCAUAACCUUAAAUCCUGUAGUAAUCCUUACUGAUGUGGUAAUGUUGUCCUGAAAUAUUUUCCUUGGCAACUGAUCCCUGUUCAGAUGUUACCCUCUGUGUUUAUAUAUUUAGAGCUUUGUUUCAAAUGGGCUAUUCUGAAUCUCUUAACUGUCAGUAGAAUGACAACUAAUUUGUUGUUUCUUGUUUGUUUUGUUUGUUUGUUUGCUGUUGUCUGGCAGCAACUCAGGCAAAUUAUGCCCCUUAUUUCUUUGAUAAUGGAGCCAGAAGCACAAAUGGGAACAUGGCACUUCUCAGCCUUUCAGAGGACACACCUGUUGGUACCCAUGUGUACACUCUGAAUGGCACUGAUCCAGAAGGAGAUCCCGUGGUGUACGGCCUGGCAUACGAAGCUGGAUCAAGACGCUACUUUUCUGUUGAUGAGAACUUUGGAAAUGUUACACUGAUUGAAGAGCUUGACAGAGAGAAGGAAGAUGAGAUUGAAGUUAUCGUCAGUAUUUCAGAUGGCCUGAAUACAGUUUCUGAAAAAGUCAGGAUCCUUGUAAUGGAUGCUAAUGAUGAGAGCCCAGAGUUCAUCAAUACACCUUACAUUGUCCAAGUCCCAGAGAAUGCUCCCUCUGGCAGCAGUAUCUUCAAGAUCGAGGCAGUGGACAGAGACACAGGUUCUGGAGGAAGUAUCACCUACUUCUUGCAGAACAUCCAUGCUAAUAAGUUUACAAUAGACCGUCACAGUGGUGUCCUGCGCAUCAAAACAGGGGUCACCCUGGACUAUGAGAAAUCAAGAACACAUUUUGUUGUUGUCGUAGCCAAGGAUGGUGGUGGGAAGCUCAGGGGAGACAACAAAGUGUUUUCAGCCACAACAACAGUUACUAUCAACGUGGAGGAUGUUCAGGACACUCCUCCCAUGUUCGUCGGGACUCCCUACUAUGGAUAUGUCUAUGAGGACACACUUGCAGGCUCUGAGGUCCUUACUGUUGUUGCUCUUGAUGGAGAUAGAGGAAAGCCUAACAGCAUUCAUUACUGCAUUGUGAAUGGAAGUGAAGGUUCAUUUGAAAUCGGCAACACAACUGGAGCCGUUUCUGUUACAAAAAGCCCAAGUCAACUCAAGAAAGAAGUGUACGAACUAAAAGUUCAGGCAUCAGAAGUCAGUCAGGAAGGUGAAGUUUCAGUGUACGCUUUUGCCAUGGUGACUAUACGAGUGGUCGACCUUAACAACCAUCCACCAACAUUCUAUGGAGAAAAUGGUCCCCAGAACAGAUUUGAACUGACCAUGUACGAGCAUCCCCCAGAAGGUGAAAUCUUGAGGGGACUGAAGAUUACAGUCAGUGAUUCAGAUCAGGGAGCCAAUGCUAAAUUCAACCUCCGUCUUGUUGGACCUGGUGGCAUCUUCCGAGUGGUUCCCCAAACUGUCCUGAAUGAGGCUCAGGUUACAAUAAUAGUGGAAAAUUCUGCUGCUAUUGACUAUGAAAAAUUCAAGGUGUUAACUUUCAAGCUUCUUGCAAUAGAGGUGAACACACCAGAGAAAUUCAGCUCCACAGCUGACGUAGUGAUUCGCUUGCUGGAUACCAAUGACAACGUCCCGAAGUUCUCAUCAGACUAUUACAUUGCCAGGAUCCCCGAGAACUCUCCGGGGGGCUCUAACGUAGUUGCUGUUACAGCUACCGAUCCAGAUUCAGGGCUUUGGGGAGAAGUCAAGUACUCUAUCUAUGGAACAGGAGCAGAUCUGUUCCUAAUCCACCCGUCAACAGGUAUAAUUUACACCCAGCCCUGGGCUGUAUUAGAUGCUGAGGUGAACUCAAAGUAUAGUUUUUACGUGAAGGCAGAGGACACAGAUGGGAAAUACAGCUUGGCUGAAGUGUUUAUCACUGUGCUGGAUGUCAAUGACCACUCUCCAGAGUUCAAUGAAAACAUCCAGGAAAAGACGAUGAUCAUCGGGUCACCGGUGAAGAUAGAGGCUAUAGAUCAAGAUGCAGAAGAACCCAACAACAUUGUGGAUUAUUCCAUCAUGCAAGCAGAUCCAGCCAAUGUUUUUGAUAUAGACCAAAGCACUGGGGAAAUCAAGCUGAAAUCCUACAUCCGCUCCCUGGACAUCAUCCACAACAUCACAAAUAACAAAGACUGCAUAUGGUCAGUGGUGGUGCAGGCCAAAGACCGAGGCUCCCCAUCCUUCAGUACCACAGCAGUUCUGAAGAUUGAUAUCACAGAGGAGACUCUUCACAAAGGGCCUAUGGCCGCCUUUUUGAUGCAAACUAAAGAUAACCCCAUGAAAGCCUUAGGAGUGCUAGCUGGUGUCAUGGGCAUAAUGGUGCUGAUAACUAUCAUGAUCUCUACUGCCAUGUUUUGGCGCAAUAAGCGGUCCAACAAAAUCAUGCCGGUAAGAAGGAUCAUCAAAAAGAGACAGACCCCACCAACCCGGACAGUCAGGAUGGAGUGGCUGAAGUUCAAGAGGCCCAGCAACGCUGCAGAGAAGUUUGUCGUAGAGGAUGAUGCCAAGAGCCUACACAACGAGAACAGCAACAACAACAUCCACGUUGUCCCCAUGCCACCAACUGCCCCCUUGCCCCCGCCACCCCCGGCCCUGGCUCCUCCUAGUGGGGACACCCCAGGGUGGCGGGUGCCAACAGUAUCUGGCUCCCUCACUCCCAAGUUUAUAAACAAGCAGCCGAAGAAGAAAGGUCAUGGCAGUACCCACAGUGCCCUCGUGUCAGAGCUCAAAAUGAAGUUUGAGAAGAGGAACACAGCUACUGGUGAGCCUCACAUUUAGGCACUCUCAGCAGCUCCCAGAGACUGCAGAUUGUGGCUGUGCAUGGAUAUAUUUAUGUGCUGUGGUCUUCCCCAUGUCUGUCAGCACCCUGUGAACUGAGAGCAGCUUCUUGCUGCAAUAGCCACCCUUUACCUUCUGCAAGUAUUAUGUGCUAGAGAGUCACCCCACCUAUAGCAAAUGCUGCAAACUAUGCCCAGGUGCAACUGCAGUUCCUUCAGCUUGUGUACCAGUGCUUAUUCUUCCCUGCAGCUGACUGCCCAAGGUGCUGAGUACCCUCAUGCCAACCACAGUCUCCCCAAGUGAACGGGGAUUCGGAUUAUCCCCAUUUUGAAGGUCCCUACCCAGAGUCCUGGUUUUCAAACAAGGCACUCUGCAGCCAGGGCACUGGUGGAUGCCACUUCUGACUUGUCUGGUAGGUGAGUUUGAGGUGUCCAAAAAGCCUUCACUUCAAAUUCCAGAUCCAGUUUUGAAGACUUUUCCCUGGCUGUGGCACCAGGACUGAGCUGAUGUACAGGUCUCCCUACAGGAGUGACACUGCAGACUGCAAGAGGGUAGUGUGUAGCUGGUACCUGCUGUCCUAGGCAGUACCUGCUGUCCUCAGGACACCACGUGCUUUGCAGCAGCUGGUGGAGCAGUGUGCUCAUGACCUGAGUACCUUCAUUCCUGAAAGGUAAGAGGGCAGGCUUGGAGAGGUUCUUCAUUUUCCUGCAGCUUAUGCUGGGCUUUGCCAGAGUACAUGGCCAUGAUGCUGCACUUCACUUGUGCCCUGGACAUGCCUGCUAAUCAGGAGACGGGAGAGCUGCCUCAGCCUUCCCUAGAGCAGCUGGGGCCAGAUUGGAGUGCAGAAGUUUAAUAGUAGCACCCGCUCAACACUGCCGCCUUCUGACACCCCAUCCCCUAAUGAGGGGGAGGCCAGCAGAAGGCCACAAUUAAAGCAGCUGGGAAGACAAGGUGAAACCAAGCAAAAAAUUAGAAGUGAAAAAUACAGAUAAGUGCUGGGAAGUUGCAUAUGUUGGCCAGGAACGUGUCUGGGAAGAUAAUUUCAUUUUAUACACUGCUAGCAAGAGGUAUCAGGGAAUGUAUUGCAUCACCUCUCCUGGCUUGCUCUAGGGACUGGCGAGUGCAGAAGAAGGUUUCCAUAAGAUAUUCUGGUUUGUCCUAUUGGUAUUUUUUAGUUACUUAUGCAAAAAUUAAUGGGAAGAGGAGAUGUGGGGGUGCAGCUGAUGCUUUCUUUUCCUGUUACAUGAGUAAAAAGGCACCAAAGGCAGAGCACUUUUUUUCCAUUGGAUGCACCCCAUAGUUUCUCCCUUAUGUUUGUUUGUGAGGGCAUGUUUUUCAGAUGGGCCUGGCUGUUUCCCAUCCCUUGGGGAGCAGGCAGUGUGCACCAGGCUGGCUGGGGAGCAGCAUCCUGCACCCUCUUCCUGAGCCCGGGCAACUGUGCUGUCGUGGUUCCGCACCAUGAACAUCAAGAUGGGGAGCAAACCUGACAGGACAUGGUUGAUUCAAGGUGGUCAUGAGACUCUUCUCCAGCUAUCAUUUCAGCUGGACCAUUAGACCUGGCCCUCAGGGACUCUUCUUCCCUCACCCCAUUAGCUGGUCUCAUUCCCUUUGUUUGCAGUAGGAAUUCAUCAGCUUAGGCAGUGGUUGGUUGAAUGAGAAGUUACCCACUUAAGGGAAAAAUCUUGUUCGUUUUAACUUCGGUCCACCUAGAAGCUGGAGGCUGACCAUGGCUUAUGUCACCUACAGGCUGAGCCAGGAGCCAUAGUUGAGAGGUGCAGCAGGGUGGGAGGCUCCUCCAGUGGGAGGGAGGCUGUUGGGCCGGUGCUGCUCACAGAGCCUCUCCUGCCGUGUCUCUCAUUUCCUCCACUGUGUUCUUGCUUAUCCCUCUUCCUGGGGCUGUGUGGCGUAAGGCCCAGCCUGUCCUGUUGUAUGUGGUCAGGUCACCUCAUCCUCCAGCCAUGAGCUGGUGUGAGGGAGGGGAUGUGCAUCUCCUGGCCCCCGCUCCUGGUGCCCUAUGCGAGCACAUGCCUUCUGCUUGUUGUGUCCCUGCCAGGUUCUGCACUGUACCGAAAGGUGGUGAUGUAUUCCCUGUGCUACUACUGUUUUCCCAGUGUUGUGUUGAAGCCAGUAUUCAAUGUUCAUUUUCCAAUGAUGAAAGCCUAUAAAGACCAUUCAAUUAAGUGAGAUUUAACAGGAAUGAUAGGCUUAUAGUCUUAGAGAUUUAUGAGGGAAUAAAGAUGUUUUAUUACUA